UUUGGACGCCGAUGGUUUUCGAACACCCUGCAACUUUUGGAACCCUAGCUCUUGACCCGGAGGUAAAGGAUGACAUAAUGGAGGACUGCAGAAAGUUUUCUCAGAGGGAAAAUUAUUAUAAGAAGCUCGGCCGUGCGUGGAAACCGGGAUAUUUGCUCUACGGCCCGCCCGGCACCAGAAAAUCGAGCAUGAUCGCUGCCAUUUCGAAUUUUCUGGAGUAUGAUAUUUAUGACCUGGAAUUAGCUGAGGUCAAGACCAACACUGAGCUAAGGAAGCUUUUGAUCGGGACAACAAAUGAGUCUAUUAUUGUGAUUGAGGACAUCGACUGCUCACUGGAUUUGUCCGACCGGAAAAAGAAGGCGAAGAAAAGGAGCAAGGAAGAGCAAAACCCUAAGAAAGAUGAGAGAGACAGUGACGAGAGCAAAGUUACUUUGUCUGGGGUUUUAAAUUUUACAGAUGGUUUGUGGUCGUGCUGUGGCAGCGAAAAGAUUAUUAUUUUUACCAGGAAUCAUGUUGAUCGGCUAGACCCUGCGCUUCUUCGAUCGGGCCGCAUGGAUAAGCAUAUUCAUUUGUCUUUCUGCACUUUUUCUACGUUUUAAGUU